UAUAUACUUCUGUCCAUGUGCCUGAAUAAAAUGUUUUUUUUUGACAGAAGAAGUUAUAACUGAAACAUUUUCCAUGAAAUAAGAACCUGUUUCAAAUUUUAGGCUAAACAGGUUCUUAUGUAAAUGGGGUCUAAAUUGAGAAUUUUAGGCUAACAGGUUCUUAAAUACAGGUUCUUAUAAGCGGGUAAGUACUGUAUAUUAAAAUUCAUUCAUGGGUCCAAGUAGCCUACUGUAUUUAUUCGAUUGAAUUUUUGGACCUUGAGAGUGGGCGCUUAUUUGAGGUGGGCGCUUAUUAAAUUUUCACCAUUUUCAGCAAUUAGUGUUGUAUUUUUUUUGCAACAAAACAGUAAAUGCCAGUAACAAAACGCAAAGAAGUAACAAAGCAAGGUUUCUGUAAAAUACUCGGGAGAACACUCCGUCUUUGGGGAAGUCUCUUAUUAGUACUUAUUCAAUUUCAAUUUCAAUCUUUUAUUCAAUUUCAAUUUCAAUUUCAUUAUCACUCACUGAUUACUAGACCAGUCUUCGUACAACCUGACCUCUCACAAGGCUACUACUAUUCGCACUCUGACGAGAUGAGCGCAACUAGUUUGCGACUGACCUGACAGCCUACAAGACGAGACUGAUUAUCUGAACAACGAUUUUAGUAAGAACAAUUACAACACGGACUUUGUUAGACGGAACACUCACAGUAACACUGAUUCCAACUCUCAGACCAACUCUGGCCCUGUUACGACAGCGACUAUACCGUACACCAGAGGCACCUCUGAAACUAUUGCAUGUAUAUUACAAUCUUACAAUAUACGUGUUGCGCACAAACCGAUAACCACUUUACGGCGACUGAUUACUAACGUCAAGGACAAAAACAAACCAGAGGACAGACAGGGAGCAGUAUACAAGGUCAAAUGCUGCGACUGCCAGGCUUCUUACAUUGGUGAAACCGGCAGAAACCUAAGCACGCGACUGACCGAACACAAACGCGCGACGAGGAAUGGUGACGUCAACAAUCACAUUGCUGAGCACCAUUUAAAGACAAAACAUCAAAUUGACUGGGACUCUGCGACAUGUAUAACCUAUUUUACAGACUACUAUCAACGUCUUACUUUAGAAAGCUGGUUUACUAACUUAGAACAAACGCCGCUGAAUCGUAGCCAACAGUUACCAGUGCCCUACAAACGAAUUAUUGACGAGAUCAAGCAAAACUAACUAUGAGAGAACAACUGGAGAACUGACAAUUUGACUAACAAUAGACGACUGUUUAACUGUGACAAUAGACGGAUCGAAACGCACCAAUCACUGAUUACGAGUCUUCAUAGCCAAUAACAUCACGGCUUAACUGACAGACGACCAAUAACAUCGCGACAUAAUUGACCAAUCAGAUCAAUAACCACAGUAUAAUACCAUCAACUGACAUGAUACAACUCACUUUGACUCUGAAGAUGACUACCGCACAGGUUGUUGAAACGUCAGUCACCGUCAACAACAACAGUCCUAUUCAGGAGUACAUUCACCUGGACGAUCAAACUCAACCUUUUGAAAUGACUCCUGGGUUCAAAUCUUUCACUAUUUGAGUUUGAUUGGGGGGAGGGAGGGGGUGGGGUGGGCGCUUAUUCGAGGCUGGGCGCUUGUAAACUUUUUCUGCCUUUAGGAUGGGUGCUAAUUCGAGGUUGGGCGCUUAUUCAAAUAAAUACGGUGUGUCACAAACGGAAAUAAACUUCUGGUUUAGUCAGUCUGCAAAACAGUGCCAAAAUCCUUGUUCUGGGCCCCCACCUGUGUACCAGGAUUUGAGUACUUGCCAUGAUUGGCCUGUUAAUAAAGCCAUUGUUAAUUUGCCAAUCAGGUUAAAGGGAAAUUCGAAAUGCAUUUCCAGUAGUGUUAGUUGAGUCAAUUGGGGGCCCAGAACAAGGAUCUCGGCACUGCUUUGCAGGCGUUACAGGGUUAUUUUAUGUCUGUGACACAGGCUAGGCUCCAAGGCUUGGGGGAAUAAACAAAAAUCAACUUGAGGCUCAGGAAUGAAUAAUACAAUUCUUUUGUUUUAUUACCCUCAAGCCUCAGAGCCGUGAAUAAAUUUUAAUAUAUCGAAAUUGGUUUAUUGCACUAGUCAUUAUUACCCUUGGUACCAGAGGUUUUUCUCAUGUGCGGCGGGGAUUUUCGGUGUUGGGUGAAGGCUGACACAUCUUCGGCCAUAGGCGCAGGUCACUAUAAAGACUUGACAGAAACCGGAAACCGCACAAGAAAGGUCUAUGGCACCCAGGGUAAGUCAUUAUGGAAUAGUGGUGCCUUUAGUCACACAUGCACUUUCCAAGGAAUUUGGCUGAUUUCUGGACUCAGUGAACUUCUCAAGACAGAAAUAUAAUUUAUACUUAAUUUGUGUGUUGUUUUAUUUCAGGGUACUGCAGCAAAUCUCUUAAACAGCAGUGGUGACUGUAUUCAACCUCAACACAUACGUGAAGCCAUCAGAAGAUACAAUCAUUUCAUAGGACCAAUGGCUCCCUUUUCUGUGAGUUUCAUGUAUAAGUUUGAAUGCUGAUAAACUCAUUCAGAAAGACCCAAUUGUUUGUAUCCCUAGAAGAAAAAUAAUUUGAUAUAUUUGGUAUCUGAGAACUAAGUCCAAAGGGAAGAUAGUAGGUAAUGUUAUUUCUGAGUUCCAAAAACUCUCACUUUCAACACAAGGGCAAGUGCAAAAUCUUUGUUGUGAAAAUGAGUUGCAUUUGCAUGAGAAUGAAAAAUGAUUUUCACAUCAGUGGCUUUUCACUGAGCCUUGCCUUGAAACAGAGGCUUGUAGCAACUCGGAAAUGACCUCUUCCAGUGAAAAUCUUGUUCCACUACCCACCUAUACUUCUUUUUCUAAUUAAUGCCUUUCAAAUGAAAUAAAAGGGAAAGGGGAAAAGAGCAAAAGAAGUGAAAGGUGAAAGUGAAAGGGCUCCCAGUGUCACUUUUGAACCCCAAAACUCAACAUUGAACCACAAUACUGGCAUUGUCCUUUGCAGAAAAAAUGAGGGACAAUGUGUCGCCUACAAGUGAGAAAAUGAGUGUCCUUCAUUCUUUCUGACACAAAAAGACUUUUCCCUGUUAAUUAGACAUCCAUACAUAAUCUGGGUGCUAUCAAGGUGGUUUUAAAUGUGACAGUUUGUUUUGUUGAAUCUUUUCAGGCACAUAUAAAGCCAGCUCUUGGAUACAGAACAUUAUGCUGCUAACAGAGACAGAGUAUGAAUAACCUAUCAUUUACAUGCUGUCAUGUUUUGACUCGAGAUGUGUGGCUUAUGAACUUGGAAAAUGCAUCGAGACUUUUUCUUUUUUCACACUGUUUAUUUCAUAGGCAAUACCUGCAUUUUAUGUUCAACUAUGUACAAAAUAUAAAAAUUCUACUGUUCAUUAUACACCUCCCACUU